AUGACUGCACUCCAAAGCCUCGCACCCAACAUCAACUACGGCAUCGAGGAUCAGGCAGCGUUCAACGUCGCCGUCCGCGACGCCGCGAGGCUGGCCGCCGAGCAGCCGCUGCUCACAAGCAAGACAAAGCACCUCAUCGCGAGCAUCCAGUCGCUCGUGGCAGCGCCGCCGGCGACAGGCAACGUCAGCGCGUACGCACACGCCUUGUGCGGGAACGUCACCGACGCGGACACUGCAGCCAUGUGCGCGAAUGCGGCGAUGGCGGCGACGCCUUGGAAUUACUACGAGGGCGAGGCCGGCGGCUCCCACUUUCCACUCAAGCCGAAACUGCGUCCAAUCAAGACCAUGCUGCUCGACCACGUCCGAGGCGGCGACGGCGGGACGCCGCACGCCUUCACCAUCCACCUGCUAAUCCAUCUGAUGGAGCCGACCAACGCGCCAGCCUCCUUUCGCUGGCAGGCGGUCGAAGCUGCACAGGCCCUCUACUCGACCCACGGCGAGGCGCUCGCCCCGGCGCAAGGUCACCUGACGCACAUGCCGGCGCAUCUCUUCCUUCGCGUCGGCCGAUACGCCUCCGGGGUCGACACCUCUCUUCGCACCGAAGCCAACAACCAGCGCUACCUGUCGCGCUGCCUCCACCCCUAUGCGCACGGCCACAACCUCAAGAUGCUCACGGCGCUUGCGCGCUUCGCGGGCAUGAGCGCCAUCGCCAUGGAGGGUGCUCGCAAUGUCACCUCGGCGCUGGCUGGGCCGGAGCUGACGCCUGCGGGCAAGGUGGCGUGCAUCGAUUGCGCUGGGCCCUCGUCCCCCGAGGCUGUGUUGACGCUGGCUCGGUUUGCGCGGUGGGAGGAGGUGCUUUCGGAAGCAGUGCCUCGGACGUGGGGCGACGAGGGAGCGUACAACGAGGGUGCCUUCCGCCUCGCGCGGGCGCUCGCCAUGUACGCUCUGGCCGAUGGCCGGACGGCCGAGAGGGCGGACGCCGAAGCCGCGCGCGCCAUCAACGCCUCCGCAAAGUCGGAGUGGGCAGAGGUGGUUCAAGCCGAGCUCGAGGCCGCCCGGGCGUGGCGCAUCGAGGGCGACGGCGUGAGAGCCGCCGGAGCGCUGGCCAAGGCCGUGGCGGCGGUGGACAAGAUGCCGUACAUGGAGCCGCCGCGCUGGUAUUACCCACCGCGGCAGUGCCUCGGGUAUGUGCUGCGCGCCUCGAACGCGACCGCCUCCCUCGCCGCCUUUACCCGCGACCUGCACGACUUCCCGGAGAACGGAUGGUCCCUCUCCGGCGCGGCCGAUGCGCUCGAUGCCCUCGGACGUGGCGCUGAGGCCGAGGGCCAUCGCGAGCGCGCCGCUGUCGCCUGGCAAUUCGCCGACGUCUGGCAGCCGAGGCCGCCACCGUGCCCGCAGCUGUCGGCGUAG